AUGACUACAAAUAAUAUUGAGAUUAAGCAAAACAUUUUUUUAUCCAACAUAUUUUGCCAUUCAAAUAAUUUAAAAAAUUUAAUAAGCGGAAAUUCUAAAAAAAGAUUUAGAGAACAAAAUAAAGAAAAAAAUUACUUAUCAGCUUACAAUUUUACAUGUGAUAAAAAUGAUAUAAAAGAUAUAUUUGAAGUAGAAGAAAUUUUUGAUAGAGAUUUUUCAUCAAAGGAAAAAAAAUGUAAGUUAUUUGUUCCUUUCAAAAAUAGAAGAGAAAAAGAACCAAGGUUUAUUACAAUAGAAAAAUUAAAAAAGGAAUAUAAAAAUAUUAAUAUAUACGAUAUAUUAAAUGAAAGAAAAAAGUUACUCGAUUUUGAAGAAAUAAAUUUCAAAUGGUCAGAUAUAAUAAAUUACGAUGACUCUUCUUUUGAUAUGUUUACAAUUGAAGAAAUAGUAAAAGAAUUAAAAGAAGAAGAUUAUGAAAAUUUCAUACAUGAGAAUAAGGAAGAAAAGAAAACGAAAUUAGAAGAUAUAAAUAAUGAAAGCAUAAAAAUAAAAGAAAAAUCAAUUGUUCCAUUCAAAGCAAAAGGAGUUAUUUCAUCCAACGUCAAGAUUUUCGAAAGUAUAUUCGAUGAUAUCUAUAUAUAUGGUUAUAAUUAUGAUUCUAAUUUAUUUAAAGUACAAAAAAAAGGAUACAAUGAAUUUUAUGAAAUAGAUAGAAUUCAAUUUUUUUUUACUAGUGAAAACCCAAUUUUGUAUGUAGAAAAAUUAAUUAAUGCUAUUAAAAAUAAAUCAAAUAAUUUAAAAAGAAAAAAAUAUUAUUUAGACAUUGAUAGUAAAUGUAAAAAGAUGAAUUGUAUAAUAAAUGAUGUUAAUGAAAUUAUAGAAAAUAACGAAAGUAUUAAAAAUUUUAAAAAUAUUGAAAAAAUUAAAAACAAUUUAAAUGAUUUCUGUAAUAUAUGGCUUGGAAGAAUUAUUUUAAAUAAUGACUUCAGUAAAUAUUAUGACAAACUUUAUAUUAACAAAAAGGAAAUCAAAUAUUAUAAUUAUGAUUUUGAAAAUAAAAAAAAUAUUAUUAAGCAGUGUGUAUUACUUGAAAAUAAAAAAGUAAUUAAAACAUUUCUAGAUAUAAUAAAUAAGUGUGCUUUAAUUCAAAUAUCUAUAUUUGAUACAUCUAUUACUAGUCCAUUUGAGAUAAAUGAUUUUUUUCAAUUGCAAAAUACAUCAGUUUUAAAAUCUUUUGAAACAGUAAAUAAUAUAUGGAUGAAUGAUAUUAAAUUUACUAUAGAAGAAAACUUAAAAAAUUGCACAAAAGGAAAUUAUAGUUUAAAGGAUAUAUCUAUUGAAACAUUUAAAUAUACAAAAAUAAGAAUUUUUUUUAACAUUUUAAAAUUUAUGAUUGAAAAAAAAAUAAAUGAAAUGUUAAUAAAUAAUAUUGAAAAUUUUAUAAAUAUUUUUGCUAACAAUAUGAAGGACUAUAAAAAAAACAAAAGUUAUAUACCGGUAUUUAUAAUUAAUAUAACUAAAAAAUUUGAUUUUUCAAGAUUUAUAUUAGACAAUAAUCCUAUUUCUUUUUAUGAAAAAUUUGAAGAUUUGCUUUUUUCUACUUUGAUUAAAUAUCAACAAAUAGAAAAAAUAGAAAAGUUAGUUAUACCACAAAUAUUUAAAAAUGAUAAAUUUAUAUUUUAUAAAUCUAUGAAGGAAAAUGAUAUUUUUAUAUCUGAAAAAUUAAAUGAAAUAAGGAAUAUUUUUGAAGAAUCAAAAUUAUUGGUAGAUAAUUAUUUAUCAAAGAUUAAUAGACAUUCAGAUAUUUUAAAUUUUAAUAUCAAUGAUGCUAUAAAAAAUAUUGAUAUAAAUACAAGUGUUGAGCAUAUUCAAAAUAUCAUAAAUAAAAAUUUAGAAAAAAUACAAAUUAUUAAUGAAACAAUUGAAGAAAAUAAAAAUUUAGGAUUGUUUCUAGUAAAAUGUAAAGAUAUCAAACUUUUUAUUAUUAAUGAGAUUAAUAACUAUGUUAAAGCUUUGACUAAUAUUAUUGUUCAGAGAUACAAGGAAAAAUAUACAUCAAAUUUGAUGUUUUAUAAUUCUAUUAUUGUAAGAUUAAAAAAAAAGACAAAUAAAAUUCAAGAGAUAUAUGAAAAAGAAGAAUAUAUAAAAGAUAUGAAAAAAAGUCUUGAUUUUGUUUCUCAUGAUAUUAAAGAAAUAAAUAUUUUAUUUAAUUGUUUAAAUAAAUUAAAUUAUAAAUUUUCAAGUGAUGAUUAUUUAUCAUACUGGAAAAUUAUAAAUAGACCUAGUAAAAUUGAAAAAAUUGUUAAAGAAGUUAAUGAAAAUAUAAUAAAACAAAAAAAUAUUUUAUUAGAAGAAUUGAUAAAUGAUGAAACAAAAUUUCAGAGUAGCAUUGUUGAUAUGAAAGAAAACGUUCAAUCCAUAAAAAGUUUCAGUGAUGAAAAUAAUUACAUAAGCAUAAAUAAAUUUAUUUUGACUGUUCAGAAUCAGCUAGCUGUGUUAAUAAAAGAGUCAAAAGAAAUUAAUUAUCGUGAAAAACUUUUUAAUAUAGAAAUAUCAGAUUUUUCUAUACUUCUCAAAAUUCAAAAUGAGUUGAAUUUGUAUUAUAUAUUUUGGCUAGUAUAUAAAAGCAUAAAAAUGAUGGACGAAAGAUUUGACAAAAAAAUUAACACAUUGAAUUAUAAGAAAAUAGAAGACGAUUUUAAUCUUAUUUUAAAAAAUAUGAAUAAAAUUAAUAAACAUGCUAAUGAAUACUACAAAAAUAAAAAUAGUUUAAUAAAAAAAAUGAACGAAAAAUUAACCUUCUUUAAUUCUUAUGUAUCUUUAUUAAUUUCUUUAAGAAAACCAAGUAUAAAGGAUAGACAUAAAGAACAAAUUGCACAAAUUCUUGAUGAAAAUAAUAAUAUUGAUUUUAAUAAUAUAACAUUUAAUGAUUUAUUAAAAUUAAAUAUAAAUAAUAAAAUUACUAGCAUUAUUAAUAUUUGUGAGAAAGCAAACAAAGAAAACUCUAUAGAAAAGUUUUUAGGAAAAAUCAAAAAUAAUUUUAGUAAGAUAGAAUUUCAAAUGAAACAAGAAGAAAAUAAUAAGAUAUUUAUUAUUUCCAAUAUAAAUGAAAUUUUAACUAAAAUUGAGGAAAAUCUGGUUUUAAAUCAAAAUUUGCUGAUAAUAAAUAUAUAUGAAAUUUAUCAUAGCGAUAUAAUUAAUAAUCAGAAUUUGAUGAUAAAUGCUAAUAAUAUUAUAAACACUUUAAAGAAAAGUCAAAAUUUAUUUUUAUAUUUAAGUAGAAUUUUUAUAUUAACGGAUAUAUCAAAACAGUUGAUUAAUGAAUCGAAAAAAUAUAAAUUAAUCUAUAAUAAUUUUUUAAAUAUGUACAAAUUAAUUGAAGAAGAUAAAAAACUAGAGAAAUUUUGCUCAAGAAAAGAUACAAAAGAAAAAUUAACAGAAUUAUAUAAUAAUUUAAAUUUGCUAUUAAAAAGUAUAAAUGAAUAUUUGGAUUUAAAAAGAGAAAUUUUUAAUAGAUUCUACUUUUUAAGUACUGAUGAUUUAAUAAAUUUGAUUUCAUCAAAUAUCAAUGAUCAAAUAAAUGCUUAUUUAUUUAAAAUAUUCAAUAGUAUAUAUAAACUAGUAAUUGUAAAUGGGCACAUUAUUGCUUAUCAUUCUCAAAGAGGAGAAGAAUUAUUAUUAUGUAAUGAAAUAAAAAUAGAAAAAAAAGAGAUAACAGAGAUAUUGGUUGAAGUAGAAAAGGAGAUGUUUUACAGUGUAAAAAAACAAAUAUAUGAUAAUAUACUUGAAUACCAAAAUUUAAUAGACAUAAAAGAAGAUGAUUUUUUAAAAAAUAAUGAAGAAAAGAUUUAUAAAAGAUAUAAAUCUUAUGAUCGCUGCUCUUAUUCAUCUUGUUCUUCUUCAUCUUACAACAGUUUAAUAUGUGAAAAUAGUUUUACAAUGGAAAAAAAUAAGGAUAAAUAUCAAAUGGAAAAUAAAAAUAAUAUAGAUAAUAAACAUCAAAUAGAAUGUAAAAAUCUUAUAGAUAAUAAUAAUAAUGGUAAUAAAAAUAGCUUAUUAUUAAUGGAAUCUUAUGAACAUAUAAAUAAAAAAAUUAAUUUUGUUUUAAAUAAAAAUAGUCAAUUUGUAUUAAUAAUAAAGAAUUUAUUUUGGUCAAAUUUAGUAGAAUUAUUUUUAAAAUACAAUAAUUUAAAUAAAUAUAAAAAAAUAUUGAAUGAAGAGUUAUAUGAAUAUAUAAAUAUAAUAAAUAAAGUUGAUAAAAAAAAGAGUGUAUUAUUGCAUACCUUGAUAAUAUCUUUAGUUCAUAAUAGAGAUAUUGUAGAAGAAUUAAUUAAAAAAAAAGUAAAUGACUCAAAUGAUUUUAAUUGGUUAAUACAACUGAAAUAUUUUUAUUACAAUAAAAACUUAUAUAUAAAAUAUUUAAAUGAAUCAUAUAUAUAUGGUUACGAAUAUAUUCAUAAUGAUAACAAAAUUAUCUUAACAAAUUUAAUAAAUAAAUAUUUCAUUUCUAUUUUACAUUCCUAUAGUUCUAAAUUGGGGGUGUGUUCUGUAGGAUCAGCAGGAACUGGUAAAACAGAGACAACUAAAUAUUUUUCAAAAUUUGUUGGAAAAUUUUUUUUUGUAUAUAAUUGUAGUAGUAAUAUAAAUUUUGAUUUUUUAAAAAAUUUGUUUUUUGGUAUAGCAACAAAUGGUAUAUUUUUUUGUUUUGAUGAAUUUAAUAGAAUAUCAAUUGAGGCACUAAGCGUGUUAGCUCAACAGUUAUGUAAUUUAUUUAACGCAAAAUCUAAAAAAUUUGUUAUUAAACAUUCAAAAAAAAAAAAAAGCUUGAAAAUAGAUACUGAAGAUAAUUCAAAUGAAAAUAACUCUUAUGAGACAGAUGUAGAAAAAUAUACGAAUGAAAAAGUUAAUUACAAAAUAAAUGAAAAGGAAUCAAAUAUUGAUAAUGAUAAUAAAUUAAAGAAAAAUGUAAAGAACAUACCAUCUAAAAAAAAUAUGCUUUUUUUUGAGGGUAAAUAUAUAAAUAUCAAUGAAGAAUUUAACAUUUUUAUUAUAAUUAAUCCGUUUUAUAAAGGUAGAAGUGUAUUACCUAAUAAUAUUAAAGCGUUAUUUAGAUUUUUCAAUUUUAUUAAACCUGACUUUUUUACAAUUGUAGAAGUUAUGUUAUACUCAAAAGGAUACAAAUAUAGUAAAAUUUUGUCAAAAAAAAUAAUUCUGUUAUUUGAGUUAUGUGAACAUAAUUUAAGUUAUCAAAAACAUUAUAAAUAUGAUUUAAGAACCGUUAAAAAAAUUACCUAUGUUAUGGGUAAAAUAAUAGUAGGUAAUAAUAAUAAUCAAAAUAUUUUUUAUGAAUACAAAUUUUUAUUUAUUGCUAUCAUUGAGUGCAUUAUGCCAUCUAUAGUUAAAAAUGAUAUUUAUCUUUUUCUUAACAUUCUGAAAAAUAUAUUUUAUGAAUUAUAUACUUAUAAUCAAUCAUUAAACACAAAUAAUAAGAAAAAAACUAUUGACUUAAAAAAUAUUUUAUCUAAUAGUAGAAAUAAUGAUAAUGGCAUAUUGCUAUAUUUAAAAAGUUUUUACUGUAAUAUGAAUGAUGAAAACGAAACAACAAAUAAUACAAAAAAAAAUAAUGGGGAAUAUAAUAUUUUUAUGUAUGGAGAAAAUAAUGAAGACACGAAAAAUACUUCUUUAAAUAAGACAAGAAAUGGGUAUAUCAAUACUGAAAAGGAAAAAACAAAAUAUAUAAAAAAUAAUGAAGUCAAUAGUUUUGAAGAAAUAAAUGAUUUAAGAGAAAUGGGAGAUUCAAAAGAUAUAAAUAAAAAUAUGGUUGAUAUAUUAGAUAAUAAUAUAAAUUCAAUAAAAGAAGAACAUAAAAGCAAUAAAACAUUUUUAAAUAAAAAAGAAAUGGCUGAAGAUUAUUUGAAAAACAUGUUAAAAAAAAAAAUGUUAGAAUUAAAUUAUGUUUGUACCAAUAAAUAUGUAAAUAAAUUAAUUCAAUUAUAUAAUAUGAUAAACUUCCACACAGGAAUAUUAUUUUUAUCAUAUCCUUUAUCAAAAACAACAUCAUAUAAAAUAUUAAAUAGAACAAUAAAUACAAUUAAUGAUAGAGAAAUAAUAAAAACAAAAAUAAAUGAUUAUAUUAUAAAUGCAAACGUUGUAAGAGAGCUAGAUUUGUUAGGUUUUUAUGAAGAAGUUUCUAAUAAAUGGGUACAUGGUAUACUAACAAAAAAAAUAUUAGAAAUAAAUUCUAAUUAUAACAGUGACGAAUAUUUAAAUAUAAUAUAUUUUGACUGUUAUUUACAUUCCUUGUGGAUAGAAAAUUUAAAUUCAGUAUUAGACGAAUCAAAAAUUUUGUGCUUAUCUAAAUGUGAUAUUAUUCCUAUUCAUAAGCAUACUCAUUUUAUAAUGGAAACUUAUGAUUUAAAAGAUAUUACAAUGGCAACUAUAAGUAGAUGUGGUUUAAUAAUUUUAAAUGAUUAUGAUUUAAAUAUUGCUGCAUAUAUAUGUUCUUAUAUAAAUAUGUUAUCAAAUAAUUUUGAUACUAUUCAUAAACAUAUUUUAUUAAACUUAUUUAUAGUAUUUUUUUAUAAAUCAUUGCUAUUUAUUUAUAUUAAUAAUUUAUUUGUUUAUACGUUUAACGAAUAUUAUUAUUGUAUAUCCUUUAUUAGAUGUCUUGAUAGCUUGUUUUCCUACUGCUUAUUUGAAAUAAAUAAUUCAAAUAAAAAGGAGAGUUUUCAAAAAUAUAUAACUUCUAUUUUUAUUUAUUCUUUAAUUUGGAGUGUAGGAUCAAAUACUUAUAAAAGAGGAAGAAAAAUUUUUAAUGAUUUUUUAUGCAGAAAUAUUUUAAAAUAUAACUUAAAAUUGAGUUUUGAAACAUUAGAAGGAAGAAUAAUAGAUAUUCGUGAGUUGAAUAAAAAUAAUAGAAACUUUAAUACAUCUUCGGAUAAUCACAAAAAGAGUGAUAUGGAUAAUUUCAUUGAAUAUUCUUUAAAAGAACAAAAUAUAAAAGAUAUUAGUAUGGAAGCAAAGAAAUUUGAAGAAACAGAAAGCAUAUACAUAAAUCAGGAUAUCAAUAUAAUGAAUGGUGAUACUAGAGGAAAAAGUAUUCAGGAAAAUGAAAAAAUAAAUGAUGAUCUGAACGAACAAAUGAGUAACGAAUUGAAUGAAAAAACUAAUAAUGAAUUAUGUGAAGAAGCGAAUGGUAAACAAAGUAAAAGCUACAGUGAAGAUGAUAGUGAAGAAAGUUCAUAUAAUUCAGAUAUAGAUAUAUACAAUGAGAAAAAUAAAAAUAUUGACAACUAUUAUGAAAGCUUAGAUAAUAUAUAUGAUUAUUAUUUAAAAAGUUAUAAAAGAUGUAAAAAUUUAUAUAAGAACUACGAUAUAAAUAUAGAAGGAUCAAAUUGCUCCUUAUUUGCAAAAUCUUAUGGAAAUAAUAGCUCCGAUUCCAAUUCAAGUAAUGACAGUAGAUAUUUAAAAAGAAAAAAAAAAAAAAAGACAUAUAUAAAUAAAUUUGAUACUGAACAUGUAGAUGAUAUAAUUCGUGAUGUAAAUUAUUAUAAUGAUAUUUAUAAUUUAACUGAAACAAAUGAAGAUAAAAAGGAAAAUAAAACAGAUAAUCAUAUAUCCAUAGAAAAUGAGAAAAGCGCAUUUAAUAAUGUGAUGAUUGAAAAGGAUUCAGAUAAUAAUUUAGAAGAAAAAUAUGAUAAUGUGUUUAGUGAACGCAAAGAUAAAAUUAAUGAUAAAAAUAAAUCAAUUUACAAAAAAAAUAACACAAUAAGAUAUAAUGAAGUAAAAAUUGGAAUAAAUUUAUUUGAUUUUUAUUUCAAUUAUCAAAAAAAUGUUUUGAGUCAUUUAAAUAACAAAGAAAAUAAAUUUACAAGCAUGGAAGAAUAUAUGAAUAAUACAGAAAUGAUGAUUAAACAAAAAAAAAACAUUUCGAUGUUGUAUAAUAUUGAUAUAUUUAUAAGAAACAAAAAAAAUAUCAUAAUAUCAGGUUGCAAUAAUAUAGGGAAAUCAUUAGCUGUUGAUUAUUAUUUAAACAAAGUUAUACCAAAAGAUAAAUUUUUUACUGUUGAAUUAUUUUUUUCAAAUAGUACAAAAAGUAAACAUGUAAGAAAUUAUAUUGAAUCUAAAUUAACCAAAAGAAGAAAUAAUUUUUACGGUACAACCAAUAAUAGAAUAUGUGUUUUCUAUAUUGAUGAUAUAAACAUUGAAACUGAUAUUAGUUCAAAAAAAAGAAAUCACUAUUUAUCUUCACAUGAAUUUUUAAGAAUGCUAUUUAAUUAUAAAUUUUUUGUAGACAAAAAUUUGAAUUUAAAAUAUAUUGAGGAUUUAACCUGCUUAGCAACAAUGAACAAUGCAUAUUCAAAUAACAUAAAUAGUAGAUUAUAUAAUAAUUUUAAUAUUAUUUAUUAUAAUAAUUAUAAUUAUAAAGAAAUAUAUAGUAUAUUUUUUAAUUAUUUAAAAUGUUUAUUCAGUAUUUAUGAUAUAAAUAUCAAAAGUUUAGUAUCAAAUUUAAUUGAUAUGCAAAUAAAUAUAUACAAAACACUCAAAGGAAUGAAAUAUAUUUAUAACGAUGGAAAAAAGGAAGAAUUAUUUUUAAAUUUUUUUAAUAUAAACAAUAUUAAAAAUAUUUUUAAAUAUAUAUUUUAUUUAUCAAAAAAUAUAAAUAUUAGAAAAGAGCAAAUGCUACUUUAUUUUUUAUAUGAAAAUAAGUCUUUAUAUGUAGAAAGUUUUAAAUUAAAAAAUAACAAAAAAAGAUGCACUGAAAUAAUAAAAGAUAAUUUUAAAAAAUAUUUUAAUGAAGAAUUUGAAAAAUUAUCUUAUAAAUUUGAUAAUCUAUUAUUCUGUAAUUUUUUAAACUUAUAUCAAAAUGUUUACGAAGAAGUGUACGAUAUAAAUGAUUUGUACAAUUGUGUACAUUCUUAUAUUUCUGAAUAUAAUAAUAAUGAAAAAAUAAAUAUCAUUUUGUUUGAUAAUAUAUUAAUUUAUAUAUGCAAAAUAACAAAAACUUUUAUGAUAGAAAAUUCCCAUAUCCUAUCUAUAGGAAUAAAUGAUACAAUUAAAAAAAAUGUUAAUAAAAUUUGUGCUUUUAUAAUUAAUAAAAAUUUAGUCAUAUCUGAGCUGAAUAAAAAUAGUAAAAAAAAGGUUUUUAAGGAAGAAAUUAAAAGAUGCUUAUUUGAAUGUGGAAUUUAUGGAAAAAAAUGUGUUUAUUAUUUAAAUGAUGAAAAUAGUAAUUUCGAUUUCAUACUAGAAAAUUUAAACAAUAUUUAUAAUUAUAACGAUAGUUAUUUGCUAUAUAACCAAGAAAACUUAAAAAAAAUAUAUAAUGAAUGCAAAAAUAAAUGUGAAGAAGAACAUUUAGUUAGAAAUCUAACUAAUAUUUAUAAUAUUUACAAAAAGACAAUAAGAAAAAAUUUUCAUGUAAGUUUAAAUAUAUCCUUAAACAGUUCUAAUGCAAUUUUAAAAUAUCCUUAUAUUUUAAAAAACUCACAUAUUAUUUAUUUUGAAGAAGAUAAUAAUGAGGGAUUAUAUAUUAUUACAAAAAAUUUUUUUAAAGAUUCAAACAGUAAUAUCAAGAAGUUAAAAAAUGAUGAUGGUAUAGAAGAAAAGGAAGAAAAAAAUGAAAUCAUAGAAGAUAAAGAAAAAAUUGUAGAUAUUUAUGAUAAAAAUGGAGUAUCUAUUGAUCAAAAAGGUGAAAUAGAAGAAAAAAAUAUGAACAAAUUAUGUAUUGAUGACGAUAAAGUCGCUAAUGUAGAAAAUAAGAAAGCUAAUAAAAAUAAUGUAAAUUAUGAUAAAUUAGACAAUUGUGAAAACGUUGAUGCUAAUAAAAACAUUACUGAUAAUAACAAUUUUCUUCAUGGAUCUAGAGUUGAUGAUAGUAAUGAUAAAAUUAAUGUUGACAUAGAAAAUGAUAAUUAUAAUGUAAAUGAAAAAAUUGACAUUAAAUAUAAGAAAAUUUGUGUUGAUAAUAAAAAAAAUGAAGAUACUAAUGAACUUUUACAUGAAGUAGAUAUUGAAAUGGUAAAUUAUGAAAAGGAUUUUAAAUGUUUAGAAAAUAUAAUAGAAAACAAAAUACUAAUUAGAAUUCAUAAAGAGAUUAUAUUAUUAUCCAAAAAAUAUUACGAGGAAAAAAAAAUUAAUGUAUGCAUAAAUUCAAAUAAAUAUAUUCAUUUACUUCACUAUUUUGAUUACUUUUAUAAUUUAAAGAAAAUCGAAUUUGAUAAGAAUAUUAAUUUGUAUAGCAAAGCAUUAAGUAAGUUACAUAAGUGUGAACAAGAUAUAAAAGUUAUGAAAAAUCAUUUAUUAAACAUCCAACCUAUACUAAACAGUACAAAUAUUGAAAUGAAGAAAAAAGUAAACGAAAUAGAGAGAGACACUAAAGAUGCUUAUGUGAAACGAUCAGAGAUAAAAAAAAAAGAAAGUGAGAUGAAAACUAAAAUAAAGAAUAUUACCAACUUAAAAAACGAAGUUAAUGAAGAAAUUUCAAAAAGUUUUGCUUUAUUAAAUGAAUCAUUAAACAAUUUAAAUAAAUUAAAAGUAGAGCAUUUAAGAGAAUUAAAAGCAUUUGUAAAUCCACCUUCUAUUGUUGUUAUGGUAAUACAAUGCAUUUUAACUUUUCUAAAAGAAGAUGAAAAAUAUCUACAAUCCAAAAUUAUCAAACCGAAAACAGUAAAUUAUUGGAUAUUAGCUCAAAAAACUAUUUUUAGGGAUUCCAAAGUAUUUUUAGAUAACUUAAAACAUUAUGACAAAAAUUUGAUAGAAGAAGAAAUGAUAGUAAAAAUUACACCACUUAUUAAAAAUAAAAAUUUCAAUCCUAAAUUUGUAAGAAAAGCUUCGAAAGCUUGUGAAACUAUGUGCCAAUGGAUACUUGCUAUUUAUCAUUACUUUAUUAUUAAUAAAGAAUUAAAACCGAAAAAAGAAGAAGUUGUUAUGUUAGAAAAAGAAAUUAAUAAAGAAUUAGAAUAUUUAGAAGUGUGUAAGGGAGAAUUAAAUAUUGUAAACAACAACUUAAGCCGAUUAGAAAAGGAAAAAGAGGAAAUUACAGAAAAACAGAAUAAAUUAGUUGAAAAAAUAGAAAAUAUAAAACAAAAAAUUAAAAGGUCUAAAAUAAUUUUAUCUUGUUUGUUAGAUCAGGAAAUUAAGUGGAAUAUCAAAAAAAAUUCUUUUAAAAAAAAAAGAGAUUUACUUAUUGGAAAUUGUAUAAUUAUAUCGUCUCUUAUGAAUUAUAUUUCUUAUUUUUCUUAUGAAUAUAGAACCAUUAUUAAGUUAAAAAUUCAAAAAAUUUUAAACUCUUUUAAAAUAAAAUAUUCUAAAAAUAUAUCCAUAUACAAAUUUUUAGAAUCUAAAAUUAACUUAGAAAAAUGGAUAACUUAUGGAUUAACUAACAGUAAAUUUUAUUUUGAAAAUGUAGUAAUAAUGAACAAUAGUAUUAAAUAUAAUUUGUUAAUUGAUCCUCAUUUUAUAGUUACUAGUUUUUUGAAAAAUUUUUAUCAUAAAAAAAAAGAUGUAGAAGUAUUGAGGAAUAACAGUUCUAAUUUUAUUGAUAAAAUUGAAAGAUAUAUGCAACUUGGAAAUAUUAUAUUAUUUACUCAUUAUGAUGAUGAUGCAAGUAUAUUAUUUUCUUCUCUUUUUAAUUAUAAAAUUAAUAAGAGCAUAAAUGAUUUUAAAAAUGUUAAAUCUAGAGUUAACUGUAUUUCUUCAAAAGAAACAAUCAAUAAUUUAAGCAAUUAUGAUAUUGCAAAUAAAGAGGUAAAUACAACAAAUAGUCUUAAUAAUACAAAAAAUAAUUGUGUGAAUUUUAAUAAUAAAAUUAUUACUAUUAAUAGUUCCUUUAAUAUAUAUUUUAUUGUAUAUGGAAAUACAUAUUUUGAUGAUAGUACUCAAAAUUAUCUUAAUAUAAUUGAUUUUAAUAUCAAUUUAAAAAUUUUAGAAGAAUACUUUUUAGAAAACCUUAUAGAAAAAUUGUCUAAAUCAUCCAACGAAAAUAGAAGGAUACUAAUUCAUCAAAUUCAUGAUUUAAAUAACCAAAUGAUGAGUAAGGAAAAUGAAAUCUUAAAUAUUAUGAAUUAUAAGGAGGAUAUUUUAAGUGACGAUAGUGUUGUCGUUACAUUUGAAAAUGCUAAUAAUUUGUUUCAUGAAAAUAAAAAAAAAAUUAAAGAAUUUAAAAUAAAUAAAAAAGAGAUUAUGAAAAUAAGACAAAACUAUAUAAGUAUGUCGGAACAUAUAUCUAUAAUUUACAUAUGCAUAGAUAAUUUAAUAUCCUUAAAUCCAUUUUAUAAUUUUUCCAUUUUAUCUUUUGUUAAUUUGUUAAAUAUAAGCAUAGAUAAAUCAGAGGAAAAUAAGAUAUUCGAUAAAAGAAAAAAAGAUAUUUUAAAUAUUUUCACACAAAAAAUUCAUUAUGAGAUUUCAAGAACACUAUCAGAAAAGCAUCAACAAAUCUUCUUCUUUUAUUUGGUAUGUAUGAUAAAUAUAUAUAAGAAGGAAAUUGAAUACGAUGAUUACUACUUUUUCAUAUAUGAUAGUUACCCAGAAAAUUGUAAAAUAAAAAACGAAAUUGUAAAAAUGGUAACAGAAAAGGAGAAAAGGAAGAAAGAAGAAAAAGAAAAAAAAAAAGAAAAAGAAAAAGAAAAGAUGGAAGAAUUUGAAAAAGACAAAGAAGGAAAAGCUGAAGAAAAAGAAAAAAGCAAUAAUAAUAAUAAUAUUGUUAAUGAGGUAGAAAAUAACGAAAAUGAAAGUACUACAGAAAAUAAUGAUACAUCCUCAGUGGAAGAAAAUAAUGUAAAAGGUGAAAAUGAAAAUUAUUCAUUAUUUGAUGAAGUAUCUUUGCAUAAUCUUGAAUCAGAAGGUAGUGAAGAUAAUGAUGAAGAAGAGAAAAUUGUAAAAGAAAGCAAAAAAGGAAAAAAAGAUAGUAUUAUAAAUAGUAAUUUAAAAAUGAGUAAUAUUAAGUAUAUGCAAUUGCAAAAAACAAAUGAAAACGACGAUUUUAUGAAUUUAUAUGAUAAUAAUCUCCUUAUAGAAAAAGAAAAUAAAGAUGAUGAGGAAACAAAAUUUGUCUUUGAUUUUGAAACUAAAAAAUUAUCAUGGUUAAAUAUGAAAGAAUAUAUUAGCAUAAAAAAAUUAAUAAAAAAAGAAAAGUACUAUCUUUUUUUUAAAAAGGUUUUUAAUGAAUAUGAACAUAUUUUUAGAAGCAUUAAAACUGAUCAUACAAUUUUACAACAUAAAAACAUUAAGAAUUUAUUGAGUAAUUUUGAAAAAUUAAUUAUUUACAAAAUUUUUAGAUUUGAUGUAUUGAAUAUAAAUAUAAAUAACUAUGUGGAUAAAUAUUUGAACAUUACUUCUCCAAGAUAUCCAAAAGAUUUAUAUAAAUGUUAUGAACAUUCAUCAAAAAAUAAGUUAAUAUUAAUUUUAUCAGAACGCCAUUUAAAUACUGCAAGUGAAAUUAUGAUAUUAAAUGAAAAAAUUACAGGAAAAAAUAAUUUAAUUAUAUAUAAUAAAAAUGACAAAAAUUAUUUAAUUCAAAUAUUAAAUGAUUCUAUUAAAAAUGGUUUUUGGGUAUUGAUUGAAAAUGCUCAUUUAAAUAUUCAUCUAAUUUUAGAAAUUGAAAAAUAUAUAGAAAUUUGUAACAUUCAAUAUUCUAAUCCUGAAUUUAGAAUAUGGAUAAGCACGAAUUCCGUUAAUUCCUUCCCAUAUUAUUUAUUAAAAUUAUGUGUAAAAGUAACAUUUGAAAAUGUAUAUAAUUUAAAGUCGUGUUUACUAAAUAUUUAUUCCAAUAUAGAAAAAGAAGAGGAAAAGGAAGAAGAAGAAAAUCAAAAAGAAGAUGAAGAUGAAGAUGAAGAAGAAAAUAAGGAAGAAGAGUUAGAAGAUGAUAGUGAAUAUGAAGAAGAAAAUGAAGAAUAUGAAAAUGAUGAAGAAGAUGAUAAUGAAAAUGAAGAGGAUGAUGAUAGUUAUAGUGAAAAUCUACCUAGAAAAAAAAAAAAAAGAAAUAUAAAAAGAAAUGAAAAUGAAAGUAUUUUAAUAAAUAAAUUAAAUUUUAGUUUAUGCUUUUUUCACGCCUUAAUUCAAGAAAGAAACAAAUUUAAAAAUAAGGGAUUUAAUAACUAUUACGAAUUUACUGAUAUAGAAUUAAAAUUAUCUAAAGAAAAUAUAUGUAAAUUUUUUAAUAGUAAAAAUAUUGAUAUUAAUUUAUUAAUAUACUUAAUUGGAAAUAUUAUAUAUGGUGGUAUCAUAAUAGAUUUAAAUGAUCAAAAAUGUUUUAAUAGUAUUCUAAAAAAGUAUAUAAAUGAAAAAAUUACUUAUUCAAAUAAUGAAUAUAAAUUUAAUAAUAAUUAUUAUUGUCCUCAUAGUUCAAAUAAAAAUAUUUUUUUACGAUAUAUAAAAUCAUUGCAAUUUAUUACUGACUUUUCUAUUUUUAAUUUACACCCAUCUCUUAACAUUUUGUACUUAAAAAAUUACAAUAUGAAAAUUUUAAAAAAUUUAGAACGUUUAGAAUGUAAUGUAAUGAAAGAAAAAACGAAUGUUCAUGUUUUGUUUAUAAUUGAUGAAUUAAAAAAAAUUCUUCCUUCUUUUAUUGAUACUAAUGUGUUAAAUGAUUUAUUUUUAAAUAAUUUAAAUUGUUCUAUUAUUACAUUUUUGAAUAUUGAAGUAGAGAAAUAUAAUAAUUUAUUAAGAAUUAUUUAUGAUGAUUUAACUAAUAUUAUUAAUUUUAUAAAAGGGAAAACUAAUUUUAAAAAUAUAUGUCAUACAUAUAAUUCAAUAAUUAAUUUAUCUAUUCCUAAAAGAUGGAUAACUAAUUCUUUUUAUUCUGAUUUACAAAUCUUCCAUUUUGCUAAAUUAAUAAAAUUAAAAAUUUCUUAUAUAAAUAAAUACAUAAUUAACUUAGAUAAUAAAAUAUUUAAUUUAGCAUCUUUUAUGUCUCCAAAAAGUUUAAUGCUAGCUAUAAGAGAAAAAUUUAGUAAAGAAAUUAGAGUUGAUGCAAAUAAUAUAAAAUUAAAAUAUGAAAUUUCUAACUACUUUAAUGAAAAAGAUAUAAAAGAAGAUAACUAUUUUAUAGGUGGUAUAUUUAUAGAAGGAGCUGCUUUUGAUGUAGUAAAUUUAAUAAUAAAAGAUUCAUCAUCUAAACAAUUAUAUUAUCCUAUGCCUUUUAUAAAAAUACAUUUUGCUAACAAAAAAAUACCUAAUCUUAAAAGUAGAACUAAUAAUUUUAAUUUCCAUAUUUUUAAAUGUCCCAUUUAUAAAAACAUAAAUAAAACAGAUAAUAAUUUGGAUAAUAACGAACCUAUAUUUUAUUUAAAAUUCAAUUCAAAAGAGAAAAGUGAAAAAUGGGUAGAGAGAAAUGUUUCGGGUGUAUUAAUAUUAAAAUAA